CUCAUCGUUAUGCAUGAUUGGAAAUUAAGUCUCGUCGUUGAAUGUUUAGGACAGAAUCAACUCGAAGCUAUACCUUUAUUACUAGAGGGUGAUGCUUACUUAUGGUAUGCUGACCACAACGAUGUAAUUUUCAACUUCGAGAUAUUCAGCAAGUUAUUUCUUCAACAAUACAAACCAACGACAUCAUCACCAAAAACUUCUAUAGGGGAUGAUGUACAUGAUUGGUUAGACAAGUUAGAACAACGUUUUACAAUGGCAAACUGGAAUGACGAACAAAAAUUACGAUAUAUUUCUAUACAUUUACAAGAUGAUGCACAGCGUUGGUGGACACAAGCGUCAAAUGUGAUUAAAACAUGGUCAUCGUUUACUGAAGCAGUUACAUAUGCUUUUGGUUCAACAAAAGCACAACAAUUAGCUUUUGAACAACGAAAAUAG